UUUGCACGCAGCCACACUCGGCUUUUGUCCACCUUUCCGAUGCGUAAAUAUCCCAAAGAAAACUCAUCUAUUCUCAAGACAGAGAUACGGACCACCGACAUGAUAGUGGAUGGAGCAUUUUUUCUAUUCUGAUGGUUCAAAGUAGUAUCCGAUACCGAACUGAUUUCGAAUUUACAUGCCUGAAAGGAUUGCAGUAGGUCACCUUCUUUGCGAGACGCAUCGGUACACACCUGCUUUGAGACUGAAAUGAGGGAGAAGAUGUGGAUAUUUUACAGUGCCGACAAUUCAAAGUGUCUUUUUGCUAUUUGGAAUCAGUGGUGUUUGUAUUACGCAGCGGUGGUGUGUUUGUUGUUUUCGCCUGUCAGGACGGAUGAUGCUUGUCCGUCGUCCUGCAUUUGUGCCAGAGACUCGGGGACAGUAACCUGCAGUGAUGGGGAGGACACCGAGGUACCGGGAGACAUACCGGAGUGGACGUCCACCUUGAUACUCAAGGGGAGAAACAUUUCAACUUUACAGCGAGGUGCGUUCAUGAGCAACGACACGGAAUUGGAAAUGACGACUCUCUCGCUGUCUUAUAACGGGAUACAGAUUAUUGAACCUUACGCCUUCCUGGGACUCCCCCGUUUGCAUUUGCUGGAUCUGAGCCACAAUCGAUUGGAGUCUAUCUCAGCCAGGGCUUUCCACGGGUUACUAGACCUGCGCUCUCUUUACCUAAAUCACUCUAUUUUGCCUGAGGCCACGGCGCAGCUUUCAAAUGCGCUCGGCACACAAAGUUUACGCAACCUCCACAGACUGGAGUUGGCGGGAAACAAUUUGAAGUCCAUGCCUCUGAUGAGAUUAGAUAUAUAUAAUCUCCACGCGUUAGUGCUGAUAAAUAACUCCAUAGAGAGCAUCACAGGGGAAAACGUAACCAGUUUGUACCAGCAAAGGCGCUUACGCGUCUACUUGUCUUUAAACCCGUUUCGGUGCAAUUGUGAACUGGUGGCGUUUUACUACUGGUUGAAGAACUCAUCCCAGUGUCCGGAUGCAGGGCGUCUCCUGUGCAGCGAGCCGGAGGCCAAGAGAGGGAUUCCUGUGGAGAAACUCAGAGGAGAGGACAUGGAUUGUAUGAACGAGAACCUUGAGGCUGUUUCGUACGUGUUCCUCGGUAUAGUGCUGGCUCUGAUCGGGGUGGUGUUCCUCAUGGUGCUUUAUCUGAACCGGGGAGGCAUCAAACGGUGGCUCAACAACAUCAGAGAGGCGUGCCGAGACCAGAUGGAGGUCUACCAUUACCGCUACGAGCAGGACUCAGACCCGAGACUGGCUAACGUGGCUGUUUAAGUUCCUGAAACAUCAGGCCGGUGCUGUGUAGUGAAUGAGAGGACAGGGGAGGAUGGUGAGCUGGAGAAGACUGAGUCAGUGCCCUCAUAUCAACAUCAAUGAAUAGUUUUUAAAACCAGUUUCAUCAUUUUCAGGAACUGAAGUGGUAUUCCUCUCACACUGAGAUAUGCACACAGCCAAAGCCAGUUAAAUGACUAUAAAAGACUAAUAAGUGUUCAUCAUGCCAGGUGAAUAUUGCAACUUCUAAGCAGUAUUGUAUAUGUUGUAAAUAUAUAUCUCCUCAAGAGAGGAAUGCUUUUCACGCAUCAUGUGGACACCGUCUACAGCAGCUUGUCAGACUAACCUAGUAUUACUUUAUUAGCUUAUUAAUCAAGUGACAAAUAUACUGUAAAGGUAUAUAAUUUCUGAUUUUAAAAAGAGCUGAAAGGAAACAAUGAAUCAAUGUAACUACUGAAAACUGCAGCCUUUUCAAACUGUUUAAUAGUCUACAUUCAGUUUUCCCAGCAGGGAGUAUUUCUGCUUAUAAUUUACCGAGGGACUCCAUACUGAGAGAGAGCAGUGUUUGGGAGGGAGGCUGGGGGAGGUAAGACAAGGCAAAGAAGCUGACAUGUUGGUUGGAGUGCCAUGUUCGUGCGAGCAGGGGAUGCUGAAGUAAACUGUCACAUUUCAUCAUCAACCCCAUGGGACACGUUAUCAACCCUGUCUUUGUGAACAGCCUUUGAUCUCUGAAAAAAAAAAAUAAGACACACACACUUGUAUCAUUUCACACCAGGUCAGUUUAUCAGUAAAGGGCAGCAGAGGAAGAGACAGAAUCUAACCAUGCAUGUGAUUGUUGUAGGCAUAGACAAACCAACCAAAACAUUAA